GCGUCACGACAGACGCGACUUGCGACACACGGCAUCGAGACGUCGCUAAUGCUUUAGCGGGUUAUCGAAGUUUACAAAUUUAAACAAACACGUAAAGGUUCCUUACACCAAAGUGACAGGAGCGUAAUAAUCAUGGCGUCCACCGCGGCGGGUAAACAGAGAAUCCCGAAAGUGGCGAAGGUGAAGAAUAAGGCCCCUGCGGAGGUGCAAAUCACCGCAGAGCAGCUGCUCAGAGAGGCGAAGGAGAGAGAGCUAGAGCUGCUGCCUCCUCCACCCAAACAGAAGAUCACAGACAAGGAAGAGCUCAACGACUAUAAACUGAGGAAGAGAAAGGCGUUUGAAGACAACAUCAGGAAGAACAGAACUGUCAUCAGCAACUGGAUCAAGUACGCACAAUGGGAGGAGAGCCUGCAAGAGGUCCAGAGAGCUCGCUCCAUCUACGAGCGUGCGCUCGAUGUGGAUCACCGCAAUAUCACACUGUGGCUAAAGUAUGCAGAGAUGGAGAUGAAGAACCGGCAGGUGAAUCACUCUCGCAACAUCUGGGACCGAGCCAUCACCAUCCUGCCCCGUGUCAAUCAGUUCUGGUACAAGUACACCUAUAUGGAGGAGAUGCUGGGGAACGUGGCCGGCUGCAGGCAGGUGUUUGAGCGCUGGAUGGAGUGGGAGCCGGAGGAACAGGCCUGGCAUUCUUACAUCAACUUUGAGCUGCGCUAUAAGGAGGUGGACAAGGCCCGGAGCAUCUAUGAGAAUUUCGUGAUGGUCCAUCCUGAAGUGAAGAACUGGAUCAAGUACGCUAACUUUGAAGAUAAGCACGGCUACAUCGCUCUCGGGAGGAAAGUGUUUGAGAGAGCCGUGGAGUUUUUUGGUGAGGAUCACAUCAGCGAGAGCCUCUACGUGGCUUUUGCCAGAUUUGAGGAGAAGCAGAAGGAGUUUGAGAGAGUUCGCAUCAUCUAUAAAUACGCUUUGGACCGAAUUCCCAAGCAACAGGCCCAGGAGCUGUUCAAGAACUACACCGUGUUUGAGAAGAGGUUUGGAGACCGGAGAGGAAUCGAAGAUGUGAUCGUCAGCAAGAGGAGGUUUCAGUAUGAAGAGGAAGUCAAGGCCAGCCCACAUAAUUAUGAUGCUUGGUUUGAUUACCUGCGCCUGGUGGAGAGUGACGCGGAUGCGGACACGGUUAGAGAAGUGUAUGAGAGAGCGAUAGCCAACAUACCCCCCAUCCAAGAGAAGAGACACUGGAGACGCUACAUCUACCUGUGGAUUAACUACGCUCUCUAUGAGGAGCUGGAGGUCAAGGACCCUGAGAGAACGAGGCAGGUGUACCAGGCAUGUCUGGAGGUUAUACCACACAAAAAGUUUACAUUUGCCAAGAUUUGGCUCUUGUAUGGGCAGUUUGAAAUCCGACAAAAGAACCUCCAGAAUGCUAGACGAUGCCUGGGCACAUCCAUUGGAAAAUGUCCCAAAAACAAACUUUUUAAGGGCUACAUUGAGCUGGAGCUCCAGUUGAGGGAGUUCGACCGCUGCAGGAAGCUCUACGAGAAGUACCUGGAGUUCAGUCCGGAGAACUGCACCACCUGGAUCAAGUUUUCUGAGCUGGAGACAAUCCUGGGAGACACAGAACGGGCCAGAGCUAUAUUUGAACUGGCCAUUGGACAACCACGAUUGGACAUGCCAGAGGUGCUGUGGAAGUCAUACAUCGACUUCGAGAUCGAGCAAGAAGAAUACGACAACACACGAGGACUGUACAAGAGACUGUUACAGCGGACUCAACACGUCAAAGUCUGGAUCAGUUACGCGCAGUUUGAGAUGUCGAUUGACAGCGAGGACCGCAUACAGCGAUGCAGACAAAUCUACGAGGAGGCCAAUAAGAGUAUGCAGGGCUGUGAGGAGAAGGAGGAGCGUCUGAUGCUCCUGGAGUCCUGGAGAGACUACGAGGAGGAGUUUGGCUCGUCGGCCAACAAAGACCGAGUCCAGAAACUCCUGCCGGAGAAGGUGAAGAAGAGGAGGAAGAUCACAGCGGAGGAUGGGUCGGAUGCAGGUUGGGAAGAAUAUUACGACUACAUCUUCCCAGAGGAUGCUGCCAAUCAGCCCAACCUCAAACUGCUGGCCAUGGCCAAGAUGUGGAAGAAACAGCAGCAGCAGGAGGAGGAGGAAGAAGAAGAAGAUGACGACGACGAAGAAGAACAGCAGGUUCCUCAAGGGAAGGAACCACAGGAGAGCUCAGAACCAGACGAGGAGGAACCGGCGGCCCAUAAAGAACAGAAGGAGAAUGAAAAUGACGAUCGCGAUGAUAGCAGCAGCAGCAGCAGCAGUGACAGCGAGAGUGAUGGCCAUCACGAAGACGACAAAGAGAAGACCGGACAAACAAAGGCGGACGCAGAGAAACAGUGAACUGGUGUGGUUGGAACUUAACAUAUUAUUUGACUCGUUGUCUCUUUUCUUUUCUAACAAAAUAAAGGUGCGAACCAAACAUUCUUGUCCGUCUCAUCAAAAAGCCGAACUUUAUUCCUUCAUCUGGACAUGUUUAUAAACCUACCGUUACGUUCACACGGAUUUCAGCGCAAACAAAGCUAACGUAAGCUAUCCUUACCAACACGUUUGGAUAAACAUAGGCUACUUGAAGACAUAAAGUAACUGGUUGAUAAAGCGCAAUUACCUGUCAGUCAGGGGAGAAAUGUUGCAAGCUCUGCAUCCAACAAUUAAAUCACGCAAAUCUCCACCUUUCAAAAUCCGAUUGUAACUUGCGUGAGGGGUGGCGUGGGCACGACCUGUGAUUGACAGUCAUAUCUCACACCCCCUGCACUGAUUGGACUCGAUUAAACGGGAGCGGUGGAUUUUUGCAAGAGUGUUGUUAGAAGCGUGUUUUUUUUUUUUGUUGUUGUUCUGUGAGAUUAUAGUGUCGAUUUCACUGAAUAUGAUCAAAAAAAAUUUUUGACGACGGCAGCUUUGAAGUCAUGAAAUAAAAAUUCACCCUAUUUUCUGAAUGCA